CGGAUUCUCUCCAGCAGAACCAAGGACAGAUUCCAGCCCAGUCUCUCCUGCCCGGCGGCCUUUCUAGUCCGCAGAGCCUCACAGAACACGUGCUGUGUGGCCCCCCCCCGAGAUUUCCCCAAGCUCUUCUGCAGGAAGUCACUUCCCACCGGAAGCUCCAGGCUGCCUGAGAGGAAAAGCAGACGAUGGGAAGAGCGAAGGCUCUGGCCCCGUGGUGAGGAGGCUGCAGCUAAGUGGGACUGCAAGCAUAUUCUUUGGCCCAUUUCAAGGUCAGCCAUACACAGGGUGGAAGGCAACAGAGGUGAAGGAACAGAGCAGAAGAUGAAUCCUGAGGGGGCAGACAUGUUGACAGGGGCAGGCUGCUCAGAAUCUGGAGCAGUGCUGUGUGAAAGAUACACCCGAGGCCGCAGCACAGUCAGGCCUGGUUCGCCUCCAGAAGCAUCAUGUGUGGCCGAGGUUUGUGCCAGGUCAGCCCUCCUCGAGCUCCAGAGGAGGCACACAGGGGAGAAGCCUCACGGUUGUGUGGAGUGCGGACGAGGCUUUGGCCGGAAGUCCUCCCUCACCAUACACCAGAGGAAACACUCGGGGAAACCGUACACGUGCAGGAAUGUGCGACACUUCAGGUACAAGUCCUCGCUCUCUAACCACCAGAGGACACACUCCGGAGAGAGGCCCUUUGUCUGUCCUGAGUGCGGGAGAGGCUUUUGCCAGAAGGCAUCGCUCCCCCAACACCAGAGCCCCCAUUCUGUGCCUGCAGUGCAGUCCCUGCUCCUUGUUAACCAGGUCGCACACUCAGGGGAGAAGCCUUACAUCUGUGCUGACGGUGGGCACGGCUCUGGCCAGAAUGCCACCCUCAUCAGACCCCGGAGGACACACUCAGGGGAAAGCCUGCCGGUGCUCUGCGUGCGGGCGGGCUUUCGGCAGGUCGCCCUCGGAGGACACCGGAGACUCACACGGAGAGAAGCCUGUGUGUGCCCGGAGUGUGGGCGGGCUGGCCAGAAGGUUACCCUCAUCAGACCCCAGAGGACACACUCAGGGGCAAAGCCUAACAUGUGCUCCGCAUGCGGCUGCACGUUUGGCUUCAGGUCACUUCUCACCCGACACCCGAGGACACACUUAGGGGAGGGUUCUGAUGGGGAUGGAGUGUGUGAGCAAAGACCUAGCCAGAAACCUGACCUCACCUCUGACCAAAGGACCUCAGGAGAGAAGCCACAUGAGUGCAGAGAGUGUGGGCGGGGCUUCAGCCAGAAGUCUCACCUCCACAGACAUAAGAGGACAAAGUGUGGCCAUCACUCCCUUCCAAAAGAGCUAUUCUCCUGACCGCCCUUUUCCUCUGCCCUCCGUGUGCAGACGGUAGAAGUCACUAGGAAAUGUUCCCCUGGUCUCCACUGUGUGGAGAGACAGUACUGCAUACUUUCAGUGAUAAGAGAGUUGUUUAUGCUUUCCUUCCUGCACUAGGAAUAUGGGCUAAUUUGCCAGUGCUGCCAUAAUAAAAUAUUAUACCAUAGACUUGGUGCCUUGAAGAACAGAAACUUGCUUUCUGUUCCUCAGUAUGUGAGAGUAAAAGUCCAGAUCAACAUGUAAGCAGUGUGGUUCUACGGAAGCCUCUCUCCUGGGCUUGCAGAUGUGACUGCAUUCUUGCAUGUGGCCUUUUUUCCAUGUGUGUGCUUCCCUGGGUCUCUCUCUCUCAUAGGGGUAAGGGACCUCUUAACAUUUACCUUUUAAAGACCAUGUCAUCAAAAAAGUCACAUAGUAGAUUAUCACUUCAACACAUGAAUUUGGUGGAAUAAUUCAGCCCUCUAGUCUCGCUCACAAUCCCUUUCCCAAUUCACAUUUUCCCCACAUACAAAUACAUCCACCCAUUUUAAGAACUUCAAAAGUCUUAAUACUUUCCAACACCAAUGCCAUGUCCAGAAUCUCACCUAAUCACACAUGGGUGAGACUAGGCAGAAUUCCUCUUUAGCUGUGAACAUGUAAACCAGACAAAUUAUCUGGUCCCAAAAUGCACUGGCGGGACAGGCCUGAAUCUACAUAUCCAUUCUGAAAGUGGGGAGAAGAAAGGGUUGAUGCUCCCAAGCAAGUCAAAACCUAGUAAGUUAGAUUCUAUUAUGUUGAAGGCUCAAGGACUAGCUUUGGUUGGGUCCUCUGCUCUCUGGUCCCACGUGGGUGGCCUCGGCUGUGCCAGGCCCACGGAAACAUGGAAGAGAGAUGCUGGCCCCUGGCUUUCUUCUCCGGGCCCACUGUGGGGGCAGCAGACCUGCUUGUCUGUUCCACCUUUGGGGUCAUUUCCCUUGAUGGGUAGCACAUGUUUGCAGUUGGGUAGGUAUAUUCUACCUGUAGAAUGUCCCAUGUGCAUCACGGAUAAUCCAACCUGCAGAGUUUCUACUGAGAUACGCGAUGGGCUCCAAACUUCUGUCUUUACGAAGCAAUUGUCUAGCCACACUGGUGUUCUCUCCAGGACGUGCUUAUUCUCUGUGAUAUGGAUCGGCUGAGACUUUCCCAGAUCUUCAAGUUCUGGUUCCUUGUUGUUCCUUCAGUUUAUCCAUCUACUCUUAUUAUAAGUAGCAAGAAAAAACCAGGCUGUAUUGUACCUUCAACACCGUGUUUGGUAAUCUCUGCUUAACUUACACCGUCUGGAUGCCCAAAAUUGAUGUGGCCAGUUACAAACUCCUGCCAUAAAAAGGUGUUCUGGCCUUUCCUUCCCAAUACCACAAAUGUGAAGAUGGCAGAAAUCACUAGGAAAUGGAAUGGAGGGAAAACAAUGUUGCUUUUUUCCAGUGUUCAUGAGAUAGUUUGCUUAUGGUUUACUUUUCUAAGCAGCAGUCCUUCUAUAUAUUGCAUUUCCUUUCAUUUUAAUAAACUGCUUCUAUACAAA